ACUACUCAGUGCAUACUGCAGGGGCAGUGACGUCACGGCCAGCCUCUCUUCCUGCUGCAUCACAACAGCCGCUGGUGGAUCGGGUAACACUCAGCUAUUUCCACUGCCUUGUGGAGUUUUUAUUUCAAUAAAUGUAACAGAAGUCCUCAUCGACAGUCUCAGCCGUUAAGCCCGUCAGCGUCAGUUCGAGCGGACGUCAGCGCAGCAGUCGACGCGUUUGAAGCGCAGUGGGAGAUGGCCAGGCCAGAGCAGGUCCUGCUUCUAGAACCGCAGCACGAACUGAGGUUCCGAGGUCCAUUUACAGAUGUGGUGGCCACCACCCUAAAGCUUGCUAAUCCCACAGACAGAAAUGUGUGCUUUAAAGUAAAGACGACUGCACCGCGCCGAUACUGUGUGCGGCCAAACAGCGGAGUGAUUGAUGCCGGAACCUCGAUCAACGUCUCUGUGAUGCUGCAACCUUUCGAUUAUGAUCCGAAUGAGAAAAGCAAACACAAGUUCAUGGUACAGUCUCUGCUGGCCCCACCUGACAUGACCGACACUGAGGGAGUGUGGAAGGACGCCAAGCCCGAGGAUCUGAUGGACUCCAAGCUGAGAUGUGUCUUUGAGAUGCCCGCUGAAAAUGAGAAAACACAUGAAAUGGAAAGCAAUAAGAUAGCCUCCAGUCUCUCAAAGUCGGAAUCAUCCACAUUGUCUAUGAAGUCCAUGGUCAGUCUGGAUGAUGGAGAGGUGAAGAAGAUCAUGGAGGAAUGUAAAAGACUGCAGACGGAGGUGCAGCGGCUACGAGAGGAGAACAAACAGAUCAGGGAAGAUGAUGGUCUGCGGAUGAGGAAGAGCACAGUAAUGUCCGCUCCGCACUCAUCUCCAGCGCUGAGAGUGAAGGAGGAGGGGCUGAGCACCAGGGUGAUCGCUCUAAUUGUGCUGUUUUUUGUCGUGGGUGUCAUCGUAGGCAAGUUGGCCUUGUAAAAUCCAAGAGGGGAGCACUACAAGCAUGCAUUGCGGAUGAAACAAAAACAAACCAGACAAGUAACCAAUGCAGAAUUCGUUUAAUCCGAAUGCCAUAUCAUUUGGGUAGUCUUGGAUUAGCAAGGUGUGUAAAAUUAAUAAAGGGAUCAAGAAAUUUCAUCAUGUUAUGUGCAAAGAAAAAAAAUCAUCACACUAAUAAUAAUCUGACACAGCUCUUGCCUCAAAAUUGUGAAGUCAUUCUGGCCCCUCUUCCUUAAUCAUUUCUGAUGCAAGUUCAAACGGAUAAAAAAUGUCAGAUUUUAACCACUAAACAAUGUUGUAGGGAUUUUCUAACACCAGAUGUGCGAUUGAGUUGUGUUAGAGUGAAUGUUUUUAUCACUUUUUUUUUUUUUCUCUCAGUGGGUCUAAUUGAGUCUGUAUACAAAUGCUAAACAUCUUUGAAAUGUCACAUGUGCAUUUAAUUUAUGCAUACCCAGACUUCCUGCAUUAAAGCAGCAGUUCACUGAAGUUCAGCCUGUAUAUCACUCUUCAGGUUAAUUAUAAAACAAGCCUUCUGGUAUCUUCCCUAGUCACACUGUUGUUAAAAUAACAUGCAUUUUAUAUUUUCCAUCCACCUCCGUUCAGUCCGACUGAUAUGUUUGAGUACCAGCACGUACUAUGAUUCAACAUAUAGUUCCUCAGCGAAUCAGAUAAUGUCACUAAAUAUCCACGUUUUUAUCACCGUUUCACACAAGUUUAAUAUGUUCACUUGCAAUCAGCCAUUAAUUGACUUUCAAAUGCCAAAACCGCCCAAAGUGGCUUGGGUGACAAUUUGACUCUUAGAUUAUUUUUGGGAUUCAAACAUCUUUAAUUGACAGCGAGGAGAUGUACUGUUAGUGACUGAUAUUUCAAACUGCUGUUACUGGGAAAGUGUUGGUGAAACCGAACACAUUUUUUGCGCCAAAAACCAUUUGAAACAAUAUUUCUCUGUGAACUGCUGUGUUUGUCGGUAAGGCGCGGGGCUGACGUCUCUGAAACCCACACUUUCGUUGAAGCUUUGCACAAAACGUGUUCCCUGUCAGAAUCAGAAUCACCUUUCUUUAUUGUCGUUUUCUUUUGGUAAGGGAUAUGUGCUUGAAUGCAUGGCUCUGUUGAGAGCAAAAAAACUACUUUAUAUUUUAUUAAGCUGCUCCAUAGGUGAAAUGUCCUUUACAGGCCCUCUUAGCACACCUCUGUUUCUAUUUUGCUGCCUGUAGACCAGAGUUAAUUUAUUGAUCAAGUCAUUAUAUACAGUAAUAGUGCAGCUGCUAAGCAUAACUUUUGAUGCACCAUGUACAUGCAUCUGGUUGAAGGUCUCUCUCCCUAUGAACUUUCUAUCUGAAGAUGCCACGAGGAGAGUUUACCAUCAGGUCCAUAAACACUUUACCCUCCAAAAAAGAACAAAAAAGUAGUUAAAGGUAUAGUUAACCCAAACUUUAACAUUUUGUCAUGAUGUUCAUGUUGUUCCAGCUCUUUUUGUGAAACAGCAAAUGCACCAUGCAGGAAUCAUAAAACUCGUCCAAACAUCUUUUGCACUGUAUUCCAAGUUAUCUGAAGCCGUAUGAAUAGCUUUGUGUUUGCAUUUUUGCAUACAUUUAUUUUGCAUAUGAUAUUCUAUGUUGGCAUACUGUAUGAAAUGAUACAUUGAGAUCUGAGAGCUCCAAUGUAAGGUUAUUAGUGGAAAAAAGCUUAAAUUUCAGUCUGUUUUCCCACACAAAGCUAUCAUAUGACUUCAGCAUGUAGUGCAGAUGUUGUUUGGAUCACAUUUAUGGUGUUUUUUGCUUUCUUGUUGUCCUUUUCAGCCCUUUUCAAGAUAAAUCCCCAUUCACUUUUAUGGAAAAGAGCAGCUUGGACAUUCUGCGUGGCAUCUCAUUUUGGGUUUCAAGUGAAUAAAAUUAGGUUUGAACAACAUGAUGGGGAGUAAACGGUGACAAAAUGUUAAUUCUUGAGCCAACUAUUCCUUUAAAAACUGACACGUGUGAGUAUUGUAACCUGUAUUUUAGCCAUGCCAAGCCUACUCCUCAUUUCCAGAUAAAUGCAUGGCUUCAAUAUGCCUUGUCGAUGGUCUGAAAUGUACACAACACUGGUUUAUCUCACAGCAUAAGGCAUUAAAAUACACUUCUGACAUUUCUGCACUGUUUUCCUGAGCCCUCUGUUUCUUUGCUGUCCUCUGAUGUUAAUUUAGUUGUUUUGUCUGGAUUUAAGUUAUGAAUAAAGCUUUUAUUGCACAGAACUGUUUGUAAUAAAAAUGCACUACAUAUAAAGAAUGUCAUCUUCCCAUGCACAACGGUCUGAUCUUUGUGAAUUAACCGAAAUUGCAUCAGAAAAGAGACUCUUCCUACAGGGGACCAUUUUGUGACCUGAUAUGUAUUUGUGUCAUAGUUUGGUGUUGUGGGGGGUGUCUUUUUCUUUAAUGUUUCUCUUCUGCCCCCCUCCUUGAGAAGCUUUUGUUUCAGUUGAUUACCUUUAGCUGAUAUUGGAUUUCGAAGAACAGAGGAGCUUACAGUAUUGUCACAUGGCAAAACUUUGCUUUGUAAGUAACUUUAGGAGAUGUUCAGGGUAUAGUGAUUUUUGGACUGCAGUUUAUGUAUAGUUCACCAAGGAGUAUGAUUGCCAUGGAGAGGGAGGGAUUUGGGGGCCUAUCAGCCAAUCAGCUGGCUUGUAAUUAUACCUAAACCUUAUUAUAGUGCCCCAAACCUUCACAUAUGAUGUAAACAUGAAGGUGACCAUUUUGUAUGUAUAUAAAUAAAUAAAUGACUCUAAGAUGAUAAUUAAGGUUGAUAUUCCUAGUCAAGUAGUCUAUAAUGGUAUAUAAAGAAACCCCAACUUUGUUGGACUAUGUAGCAUCUUAAUAAAUUAAAUCAAUAAAGCCCCAGUCCAAAACUU